AUGUAUCUGUUUGUUUGUUUAUGCAUCAUGAUUAGCUUUUUUGAAGAGGUAAACAGUUUUUGUCCUUCACAAUGCACUUGCAUUUACCAUGGCAGAAGUGAUGGCACUGGAACAAGGUCUGUGCUGUGUAAUGACCCUGAUAUGUUUGAGAUCCCUGUGAAUGUUCCUGUGGACACAGUAAAACUUCGCGUAGAAAAAACUGUCAUACGAAGAAUCCCCACUGAAGCCUUUUACUACUUGGUGGACCUUAAAUACCUGUGGGUGACCUACAAUUGUGUGGCUAACAUUGAUGCCAGCAGCUUUUAUAAUUUGAAGCAGCUGCAUGAGUUGCGUCUGGAUGGGAAUUUGCUGUCAAGUUUCCCUUGGGAGUCUCUUGUGGAGAUGCCCAACUUAAGAACCUUUGAUUUACAUAACAACAAAUUGACCAGCAUUCCGUCUGAGGCUGGUAGAUACCUGAGAAACCUCACCUACCUGGACGUAUCCAGCAACAAACUAACCACCUUGCCAUCCGACCUAAUGGACAUUUGGCCCCCCUUCUCAGAAGCUACAUCGUCCAGGAACACAGAUCCAGCAGCACAGAGAGUCAUAUUAGGUUUGCAGGACAAUCCAUGGUUUUGUGACUGUCGGAUUUCAAAGCUAAUUGAAUUUUCCAAAAUAGUGGACACCUCUGUUGUACUUCUGGAUCCUCUUGUGGCUUGUAGUGGACCUGAGAGCCUGGCAGGUAUCUUGUUCCAGAGAGCAGAGCUGGAACAGUGUCUUAAACCAUCAGUGAUGACUUCAGCAACAAAAAUCACAUCGCCUCUGGGAAGCAAUGUACUGCUACGCUGUGAUGCCACUGGAUAUCCAACCCCACAACUUACCUGGAUCAGGUCAGACAAUUUACCAGUGAACUAUACAGUAAUUCAAGAAACUCCAGGAGAGGGUGUCAGAUGGUCCAUAAUAAGUUUGACAGGGAUUUCAUACAAGGAUGCAGGGGACUACAGAUGUAAGGCCAAAAAUUUGGCGGGAAUGUCAGAAGCUGCUGUUACUGUCACUGUGGUUGGUGUUGUCACUACGACUGUGUCACCACAAAAGUAUGGGAAGAAGUUUGAAGCAGAGCAACAAAAUAACACACAGGAGGAAGCCAAGCAAGAAUCUGAAAAAAGCACCACACCUCCUCCACCCUUAACAUCGCUACCCACAACAAUGGCUACCACUGAAAGGGCAACAAGUGCCAAGAUUACAGACAAAAAACAAUCCAAGUCCACAGCUGAUGGGAAAAAAAGUUCAAAGGGAGUAACAAAUGGAAACAACAAAAAGUCUGAAGAAACAAGCAAGAAAGAUGAGGAGACUUCAUUGAAUGCAGCAGCACUGGCUGAACAGAACGUCACCAUAAAAAACCUAAAAGUUAUUAGUGAAACGGAUGAAAGAGUUACCUUAACUUGGAAAACCAUCAAUGCCACAAGCAACUCUGCAGUGACUGUAUUGUACUCAAAGUAUGGUGAGAAAGAUAUGCUGCCUCUGAGUACAGAUCCCAGCAAAAACAAAGUCACAAUAGAUGGUUUGCAGCCUCGUACACAAUACAUGGCAUGUGUCUGUCCCAAAGGAGUCCCACCUACAAAAGAUCAAUGCAUUAUUUUCUCCACUGAUGGACUAAAUGAUGAGAGUGGUUCUCAAGUUUCCAUUUUGGUCAUGACUAGCAGUGUGGCAUGUGUGAUUGCUCUACCUUUGAUAUUUUUCUUACUCUAUAAAGUUUUAAAACUUCACAGGAAACCAAAAUCUGCUAGGGAAGCUGACCUUGCAAAAGAGACCUAUGUCAAAUUUGAAACACUUUCCCUUAAGCCCCGUUCAGUGGGCACAGGAGGAGAGCUCUGGACUCGCAGAAACACUGAUGAGUCAGAAAGACUUCUGCUUUGCUCUAGGUCAAGCAUGGAUUCUCAGAUGACCUUCAAAAGUGAGGGCUCCAGGUCUGAGUACUUCUGUUGA